AUGGCGAGUAACAAAGAAAAAGAAAGUACACCUGUCUGUGAUAUGUUGAAUGGAGAAGAUGAACUUCAAGAAUUAUUUCAUUCUAUAGAAGUUGUACGAAGAUGUAAUGUGGAAACAGAAUUGGAGACGUCUUGGGAUGAGUGUAGUUACGCUCCAAAGAAAAGCGAUAUAACUCCACCGUUUAACGGUGUCGAAAAGACAAUGGUUGAUAUAAGUCCUUCCAGUAGUAGAGCAAGUACCUUCACACAGACUGAAGGAAGACAAGAUGAGGAUACAAACGGUAUCAAUUUAUCUUUUAGUAAAUAUUUUGACAUGGAGGAAUCUAGUUCCUCUGAAAAUAUUGGGAAAAGACUGCGACAGGAAUCUUAUGACGAGCAAAGGAAUUUGCGUCCUUGCAAAAAAACUAAAUGUGACGGGAGUGCGUCUAAUACUUCAGACUUGGAAUCAAAAGCACAGGGAUCCUCAAGUUCAACAAGUCUGCUCAAUUCGGAGUCAGAAGUAUCGUUUGUGUCUGUAAAUAGCAAUUAUUCCUACAAAACACGUAAAAGAAGAUUGAAGUCGGACACUGUUUUACUGAGAGACGCAAUUCAAAGAUCGCACAAGAAUGCAAAUACGAGUAGAAAUAAUUAUUCUGACAGUAAUACUCCAGUGUCUGGCACUCCGAGGAAGGAGAAAAAUUUGCGCCGGAGUAAUCGUACGAGGGCUUGGAAAGUUAUGGACCUAUGUACGUGGAUCGGCAAGAAGGGAUAUCAAUCCAUCACCGGUCUCUACACAGACAUAUUACGAGAACCCAUAAAGCAAAAGGAAAACAAGGAUGAAAAGAUCGCCGAAGAUCUAUUGGAUUUGAAAAAAUACGUGGAGGACAUGAGACAUGAGUUGAAAGGACUUAAGAAGUACGUUGAAGAAAUCGGUCAAGAAUUGAAGGACGUGAAAAAAUACGUGGAAGUCAUAGAUGAGAAACAAGGAAAGCAAGUCAGUGAGACGGAGUGCCUUCGAGAUAAGGUAGCGAAGAAUUGUAGUGCUCUCGAGGAACUGCAGGGUAAGCUCAGCCGCUUUGAACCCUUACCAAAGCCAGCGAUUCCUCCGCCACCACCACCUCCUCCACCGCCGCCGCCACCACCGCCGCCACCUCCGGUACCACUAGCUUCAAAGCUACCUGUACGAUUAAAUGUACCCCGCUGUGGCUCAGCUCCACCUAGUAUUGGUCCCAGACUAACGAUCACACCUCAAGAUAUCGCAAACGUGAAACUAAGAAGGACUAAGGACAAUCCAGUCAGACCAAAGCCUACUCCUAAAGAGGGACCACAGCCGCUGGUGACUCAGAAUAUGCUUGAAAAAACGCGGGCGAAAUUAGGGCGGACCCGACCAGUGGCUGCUUCCACGCCUAAGCAACAACUGUCUGAAUUAGAGAAAUGCCUUCUGCAAGAGGUGUCAGUGACGUCACUGUACCGACGGCGUGUUACGCGGGGCUCUUUCCGCAGCGCGGAGGAGCUGCGCGCGCGGCCCUACCCAGCCGCUAGAUGUCGCUCGCCCCGGUCACCCCGGAACAGAACCGCAUCCCUAUCUCGAGUGACGCCCAUCGCUCCAAUCGAAUUUCCUCUCCUCCUACCUAACAAGGAAUGA